GAUUUAGUAAAGCACGCAAAUAUCAAAAGACAAAGGCUGGACUGUGACUGUGUAUUGAAGUGCAACAACGACAAAGAAAGCCAUGGUAUUUAUACAUUUUACAACAAUAUGGACAGCUAACAGCAUUUGAAAUAAUUGAUCUUAAUAGCCAAUAACAAAGUGCGUGAGAGAUGAUAAUAGACCAUAUGUGCGAGAUUGACAGUCAAUAACAAAAUGUGUGGGAAUGAUAAUAUACCAUAUAUGCAAGACUAACAGUCAAUACCAAAAUAUGUGGGAUCCUAUCAAUAUGAUUGCUUCAUUGGGAUCAUCUGGACCUCUUAUCUAUGAAGCACUUGCUCAUCGACAUUACGAUCGUUUAGGCUGGUUACUGCGUUUAAUUUGUCUUAUUCGACCUUCUAGUCCUUUUGCUGUUCAAAUGAAAUCAAGAGUGGAUUUAAUCCCUCCAGAAAUAGUGAGUGCUUUGGAUUAUUGUUCAGGUUCGUAUAAAUUCAGCAUGACUCCAUCUGAAAUUAACGACCUACUUGAAUAUGUCGAGCUUUUCAUCAAAGUAGAACCAUUAGGUGAGAAUAAAAAAUCAAUACUGUAUGACUGCCUCCGUCAAGUUCGCGAAAGUUGUGCUGCUGUCGAAGAAGAGAUAUGUCAGGAAUCUUAA